AUGGAUCAAAACUCUUUUCCUCUACCUCCUCAUGUGAUGCUCGUAUCUUUCCCAGGUCAAGGCCACGUUAAUCCACUUCUUCGUCUCGGUAAGCUCUUAGCUUCAAAGGGUUUACUCGUAACUUUCGUCACCACAGAGUCAUGGGGCAAAAAGAUGCGAACCGCCAACAACAUCCAAGACCGCGUCCUCAAGCCGAUCGGCAAAGGCUACAUCCGGUUUGAUUUCUUCGACGAUGGGCUCCCGGAAGACGACGACGCUAGCAGAACCGACUUCACCAUCCUCCGACCACAACUCGAGCUGGUCGGACAAAGAGAGAUCAAAAGCCUCGUGAGACGUUACGAGGAAGUGACAAAACAGCCCGUCACGUGUCUAAUCAACAACCCUUUCGUCUCUUGGGUUUGUGACGUGGCUGAAGAUCUCCAAAUCCCUUGUGCUGUUCUCUGGGUCCAGUCUUGCGCUUGCUUAGCCUCUUACUACUAUUACCACCACAAGCUCGUUGAUUUCCCGACCAAAACAGAUCCCAAGAUCGAUGUCCAAAUCCCUGGCAUGCCUCUCUUGAAACACGACGAGAUCCCUUCUUUCAUUCACCCUUCAUCUCCUUACUCCGCUUUGCGUGAAGUGAUCAUUGACCAGAUCAAACGGCUUCACAAGCCUUUCGCUGUCCUCAUCGACACUAUCCACUCCUUGGAGCAAGACAUCAUCGACCACAUGUCUGAUGUCCGUCUCCCCGGCGUUAUCAGACCGAUCGGACCGCUUUACAAAAUGGCGAAAACGUUAGCUAGUGAUGAGAUCAACGGAGACAUGUCUGAGUCAACGGACCAUUGCAUGGAGUGGCUAGACUCGCAGCCUGUUUCCUCCGUUGUUUACAUCUCAUUCGGGACCGUCGCUUACUUGAAGCAAGAACAGAUCAAUGAGAUCGCUUACGGAGUGUUAAACGCCGGCGUUUCGUUCUUGUGGGUGAUUAGGACGCAAGAAUUGGGUGUGAACAAAGAGAGACAUGUUUUGCCUGAAGAAGUCAAAGGGAAAGGGAAAAUCGUUGAAUGGUGUUCGCAAGAGAAAGUCUUGGCUCAUCCUUCCAUAGUUUGUUUCGUGACUCAUUGUGGAUGGAACUCGACGAUGGAGGCUGUGUCUUCCGGAGUCCCGACGGUUUGUUGUCCUCAGUGGGGAGAUCAAGUCACCGACGCGGUUUACAUGAUCGAUGUUUUGAAGACGGGAGUGAGACUCUGCCGUGGAGAGACUGAGGAGAGGGUGGUGCCAAGGGAGGAAGUGGCGGAGAGGCUGAGAGAGAUUACGAAAGGAGAGAAAGCGACGGAGCUGAAGAAGAACGCUUUGAAGUGGAAAGAGGAGGCGGAGGCGGCGGUUGCUCGCGGUGGCUCGUCGGAUCGGAAUAUUGAAGAGUUUGUGGAGAAGUUAGGUGCCAAACGUGUGGGAAAACAAAACGGAGGUUUGGAGAAACAGAACGGAGGAUUGGCGAAACAAAACGGAAGUCUUAAUCAUGUCUUGUCUUGA